AGAGAGCAGAGAGCACAAGCUACUAACCACAGGUUUUUUGGAGGGUUUUUUGCCUCCAAGGAGCUGAUCCAGUAGGGCUUUUUCUGGAAAGAAAACUCUCCCACGGCCUCUGCAGAACUGUCCAAGUCCACUCCACCACACGGCUCCCUGCUGCUCCUUUGAAGAAUGAUCACAUUCUCCCUAAGAACAACCUUCUAAAGUUUGCUGCCGGAUUUCUGCUGUUUCGAGCAACUUUUUUCUUGUUCUCUGCUUAGACUUGCUUACACUAUCCGCUGAAAGAAGGGGAGACUGUUCUGCUCAAACUCAAAAGGAGUUUUCAGAAGUACUCCUGGAUUCCUAGCAAGACUUUUUAGGUUGCUUUGGAAGCUAGAUUUCUGCCACGCCUGGCCCACGAGCCUUCAGCCUGGAGUCCUUUUUUCCUUCUGAUUCAGACUGUGGAAUUUCACAUUUUCCUGUAUACAACCUUCUCUGAGUCUCCUCACUCUCCCCUUGCCCCCUGAAAUCUGUAGGUAAGAUUCAGCACACAUUUUGAUUUAUAAUUGAAAUAUUUUUUAUCCAGGAUUUGUAGGAAAGCUUCCAGCUGUUACUUAUCCCCCACGGAUUCUUGGAGGCAGACUACAUACCAGGUUUGCGCACCGCUUUAAAUUCUUUUUCCCUUUACUUGAGUGAACAAACAAUUUUGCUGAUAAAUGUCUAUGCCUUUCUGCAGUUUUGAAGAUUUCCUGUGGAUUAUUUUUAAUGUUUAGGAUGCAUUCAUUUAUGCUUUCAAUAAUGCACCUCUAAAAGCGGAUAUAUUAAUUCCGGGAUUUGCACAGGAAUGAAAUAAAACACACAGGUGUCUCUCUGUAGUUGUUUUUCCUGUUUGGGGCCUUUUUAACUUCCGAGAUCUUUUAACUUCAGAUGAAAAACAUCUGAGCAAUGCCGUGUUCCUUUGCUGAAUUUGGGGAGCUGAAGAUUAUACCAUCUAUAUUAAAAAUGACAAAUCGAUGGAAAAUUCCAACCUAGAAAAUUUAUUUUAAUAGCCACAACUAGGUGACUGAAGUGUUGGCAUCAGAGGCAGGCAGAAAUAAACAGAUGAUGAAGAAGCCAACAACAGUGAUUUCAUUUAACACGUGAAAACUGUCCUAAUUCCUAAAUGGAGCCCCUUCCCAGUUGCCCUUGUCCUUUCAUGUUUGGCAUCUAUAGACGAGAGAGACAAAGAUAGUUAAUAUUAUGGGAAAGGCAACUCACCGUUCAGAAGUCAACAAGAGUUGCUAAGGGCAUCUGAUACCAGGGGAUUGGCCCUGUUUGCCAUCCUAGGAUAUAAGAGACUAAAAGGAUUUAGGAAGCAGAGAUUGUCUUCCAUGGGGAACAGUCUCUUUCAGACUGCCGGCUCCAACACUCUUCCCAGAAGGACCCGAGAGUUCUUCAUACCAUACGCGAUUCAUGCCCCUUUGGUUCUGCUUACAAUGUCUGAGUUCAUCUGGAGGAGGAGGAGGAGAAGGACCUGAUCUGGGGUGCUUGUAAUCUUGUGAAGCUCGAGGCCUUUAUACACGUGGCACGAAGGAACCUUCAUUGUGAGGGGGAAGCAAGGAGAGCCUGGAGGAAAGGACGCCAGCAGGUAACUCUCCUUUGCGUCGUGUUUGCCCCGUUGACUGCAGCUGCACGGAGGGCUUUUAAUCCUCAACAAUUUUCCCUGCUGUUGGAACCUGCUGGUGGGGUGAGGAAGCAUUCCUGAGCAGUAUGUGUGGCCAGAGCGCACUGCUGCAGCUGGGAGCAUGAGUGUUGGCCCCCAGCUACAGCUGGCAGUCAUCUGGCCUUGGCUGCUAAUGGCUACACUGCAGAUACGGCUGGGCUAUUCAGGACUGGCUCUGGUGGCAGCCAUGGAAGCCGAGCGAUCUUUGGCCCAGAAGGCAAUCAUUCGGGUGAUCCCUUUGAAGCUGGAGCCCCUCACGCUGGAAGGAGUCUUUGCUAGUGUUGCCGAGGUCACUCCAGCAGAAGGGAAACUGCUGCAGUUCCACCCCCUGUCUCUGUGCAACACCAGUGAGGAUGAACACACAGUCCCAGGAUUUGUCUCCAUCGUCAAACUGGAACGGCCUGAGCGGGAUCUCCACCCAUGCCUGUCGUUGGCCAACAAGGCCAAACUGGCCGGAGAGAGAGGAGCGCGGGCAGUUCUCUUUGACAUCACAGAUGACCAAAGUGCUGCUGACCAGCUGAGGAAUCCACGAGGGCUCAGUCACCCUGUGGUUUUGAUUUGGGGCGCCGACGCUGAACUGCUGAUGGGGGUGGUGAACAACAACCGAGAGGCCCAUGUGAAGAUUGAGGUGAAGGAAAUGCCAGCUUGGCCAGACUAUGAUAUUUGGAUACUCCUCACUGUUGUGAGCACCGUUCUGGUCAUUGUUUUAAUUUUCGUCGUUCGCACCCGUUGUCAGCCAAGCCGAAAUCAGACUAAUGUGCAGGAGGAGACUGUACAAGCCAUCAACCGGCUGGCCACACGGAGGUACCAGGCCCGCCACCGACAAACCCCCACAGGGGACUCUGUCAGCACCUGCAGCUCAGCCCCUGUCUGUGCCAUCUGCUUGGAGGAGUUCAGCGAGGGCCAGGAACUCCGAAUUAUCACCUGCUUGCAUGAGUUCCACCGGCAGUGCGUGGACCCCUGGCUCCAGCAGCACCAAACCUGUCCACUGUGCAUGUUCAACAUCAUUGACCGAGAUUCCUCUGCUUUACUGAGGCAUUCCCAGGAGGAACCACCUAACUCAAGAGUGGGGCAGAGGCCUCGUUUCUUUCGGCAGCACCCGGGACGCGCUUUGUACCAUUUCCCGCGGACUCUCCCUCAAGUGUCCCCCAGGAGUUGCUCUUCCACGAUCCCCCAUGGUCACCCCUUCUUCCACUCCCCAGAGCUCUCCCAGUUGGAUUUUGGGACCAUGCAUUACUUGCCCUAUAGGCCGGUGGGCUUUGAGCCUUGGGGUGGCCACCAGCCUCCUCUUCCCCGAGGCCUGCUAGUUCAGCAGCAGGAUCCUCCGGGGUUCAAGCAGGGCCCGCCUGCCCAUCGUCAGCCCUGCUGGCUGCAACACCCGCCUGCCUGCCAAGGCCUCAGGGCCCCCCUUGCAGCCAAGCUGAGUCGGGCUGCCCCUGCCCAUCGAGGGAUCCGCCACGGACGGCAUCAGCAUCACCACAGCAGCAGCUCCGGGGAGAGUUAUCUCACAGAGCCCAGCGGGUAUCUUCCUGACGGCCCCGGGAGCGACUCCAGUUCAGGCCCGUGCCACGGAUCCUCCAGCGAUUCUAUGCUGAAUUGCACGGACGUCAGCCUUCAGGCCAUCCACGGCAGCUGUUCCACUUUCCGUAGCUCCCUGAGCAGCGAUUACGAUCCCUUUGCCUUCUGCGGCUCUGAGAAGUCAGCCGCGGAAAGCAGACACAAGCCAUCUCCACCUUGGAGGGACCCACGGCGUCGGUCUGUGGACUUGGCGGCAGCGUGCAAGCCGCCACUGGCCAGUAACCACAUCCAUUACCACCACCACCUUCACAGGCACCACCAUUAUGGACGGAGCCCCGUGGGCUGUCCAGACGGUAGGCUGAGCCAGGAACCUGGUCCACGCAAGGCGAAAGCUCCACGAGCCAAGGUGGGAUCACACGGUGCCCAGGUGCAAAAACGGACAGAGAAAAUGCCAUUGCCAGAAGGCGACCCUGCCCUCCCGGCUGCCCCCCUAGCUGGGCAGGCUGCUUGCUCGCUACAAGGGCAACCUGAGCUUCCCGGGGCAGAUAGGCCUGACUUCCACAUAGCAGGCAGUGGUGCUCCUGGGCCAUGGCCGUCUCAGAAACGCUGUUUGCAAAUCCAUCCCGGGAGGAGGAAAUGGAAAUGCCCUCUCAAGACUUCUCAGGUCUCUCUCCCCGAGGACUCCUCUGUGACCCCGGACUGCAGCCAUCCUGGUCCGGCCUCUGGGAACUGCUGCUCCCCAGAGAUUCAGCCUCUCCUAGCAAGCAGUCCCUCCAGGCAUCAUUCUGCCACCUCGCUGCCCUUGGUCUUGGUCGUGGAGCCUCAGGGGCGGGAGGCCGGACUGGGGGCAUUGGACGGCAAGCCCACAUUUCCAGGGGAACCUUCAGGGCUGGAUGCCGUGGGAAAUGACACAAGCUCUUACCUCAACUGCCAAAUUCUGCAACGCUUUCAGGGAUCUAAAGAAGAUAUCCCAGAUGUGUACGAACACUCAGUUUGACUGGAAGUGAACAUCUGUGCAUUGUUGGACUGCCUAAGAGAACUGAAAACGGUGCAGAAAUUCAGCGAGGAGAAUGGACUUCCUUAGAUCCCUUUUCUAUCAGUGGUGUGGCUGUCAGUCAUAGCAAGCUACUCCCGGUUCACACAGGCCCUGCCUCAUCCCCCACGAGUCCGCUUGUAACACCAUGGUUAUGCAGAUUCCCUGACUAACCUGCAACUCAUGUGCCAAACAUAAGCUGCCAACGUCACUUGCCUAUGUUCAGUCAAGGUGCCAUCUUGAAGAUGUUUCCAUGCACUAAAGGGCCAAGGACAGGCGGGUGAAGCUUGGUACCCUUGUUGAUAAUGAAAGGGGAGGGGUGCAAUCGUUCCAAAGUUCAAGGCGGGGGGAAAGCAUACCUUAUCCCAAGGUGCGCUUUUCCCCUUUGCUUCACAACUCUGUGUAAACAUGGUAGCCCUGCUGGCCAUUCCUUGUACCUACCCAUCCCCACCCUGAACACCAAAAUGGAAAUCCCGGAGAGGAAUCCAUUCCCCACACAAAGCAGGGAGGGUGCAAGGCGCUUUUGAGGUCAUGCAGACAAAUCAGCCCAUGCUGGUCCCAUUGAAUGCGCCUUCUGCCACCCAGGUGGAUGAGAAAUAUGUGCGGUCUUGGUUCAUGUAAGAUGUAAGGAUCAAACUCCCAAUUCCUUCCCACUUCCCACCCAGCUACGGUCCUGUGGAGGAAUCAUCCUGGGCCUGUCUGCUUGGGAAUGUUCUUUGUGUUCUUGGUUUUGCACCAAAUUAUUUGCAUGGGGGCAACUCGCACAUAUUGCCUCUUCUCCCCCAGAGGUACAAUGUGGCAUAGGAUAAUUUCACACUUUGGGUUGUGUGGGACUCUUCCUAGCUCCAUUGUGGCUUGCCCAGUCUUGGCUCACAGCUCAUGCUAACUGCAGAUUUCAAGUGCUUUAACUAGUCCUUGGUGGGGGGGAAGGAGUGGGACUCAUUUUGCCUGCAGCACUGAUCGAUGGCUACUUUUGUUUUCCUGGACUACUUUGAGAACUGACCGAGGCGUGGUGGCCCAACACCUUGACCCCUAACCCUAUAGUUGCAGCAUGCAAGCAAGUUCGGUUACCACAAACGCCAAUCUCCCCAUAUCACUUUUGGCCCUAGACUGGCAACUUGGUGUGUGUUGGGGGUACAGGAAGCACCUUUUGGGAGACUGGAUCUCUUAUAGCCAUCAAAGAGGGAUAGCUAGACACUUCCUAAAUGACUUUGCAGAAGCCCCAAGAUUUCAAUUCUGUACAGAGUUUAAAUCAACUUCUGUUAAUCCUCCUCCUUCCCAAUAGCAGCUUCAUACCACAAUAUUAUGGAAACUUCCUCUAAGAUACCUCCCAAGUGGAGUUUUGAUUUCUUUCUAUCCAUGUACAAAUUGGUGGCAAAUCCAAUCCGUUGGAAAGCUAUCACAUUCUGCUUUAACUGUGGAAGAGGAGUUGCAUUUGGUAGAAUAAGAGGGAAAGUUUGUAUGUUUUUCGCAGGGACAUCUUACUGCCAUGGGUGAAUGCAGACAGGCAGCUUGGUCAGAAUAUCUUGAUACAAACAACCUGCUUUCUCAGUAGUCACAAAAAUGCUGUGACAUGUCACCACUUGGUAAAUGGGUGUCUGUAUUCACACAGGAUAUUUUGGAAUGCGGGUAACAUUGUUUUAAAUGUGCCCAUGUGGGGCAAAUGGCAGUACAACCGUGGAUUAUUUUUCCCACUGAGAAAUGAAAUCCUCUGGAACCUGAAGGGCACGUCCACACCACAGAUUUAAACCAGUUUAACAAUUAAUAACUUUCCCCAGGGAUAGUGCAGACUGGGGUUCUGUAAUUUUGCUCACUACGCUACCAUUUCCCAGGAUUCUCUGGGGAGAAAACAGCUGAACUGGCCUAGGAUAUAAGCAUAGCUCUGCUCUCAGUUGCCAUUGAAUACAUAAGAACAUUAACUCCUGAAGCAUUGCAGGGACUUUGCAGGAUUAAAAUGUGAAACUUUGUCCUUCUCUAGAGAACCUGACAAGAGUGAAAGGGGGACAUGGACAUCUUGCUUGAGAGGUGAGCAAGCUGACAUCCAAUUGUUUUUAAAAAACCACAAAGCCAUUAAGGGCUGCCUGCUUGCUUACUGGUCCCUUUUCCUUCAGAGCAGCAAGAGUCAGAAAUUUGGUCAAAGAAGACACAGCUUUGCUGUGUUGCAGGGUCAGAGAGAAACAUGAGAUCUAGAACCUUGGACAUACUAGUGGAAAAGGAGGUGCCUCGUUACCCAGGUUUUGUAGGUGACGGCUUACUCUGAAAGUUGCAAAUGCAAGGAAAGUGCACCUUUGACCAGUUGCAUGUGAUAAGAUCCAUUGGAUCCAUUCCAUCCUGAGAUGUCCUUAAAAGCAUUGUAGGCAGACAAGCAUCAUUUUGAGGCCUUGAGUUGCAUUUGCCAGAGGGUGUCUUGAGCAAAAAGGUGGUAGUGGGGAGCUGGUCAACAUUUCAAAAACAAAGGGGCACCUUAGAGCUAUAAGGCAUGCAACCUAUGGAACAACCACUGCCUUCUUUAUUUCACUGUUUCGAAAUCUUCUCGGAAAGGAUUUGUACGGCACAGAUUUCAGUUUGUCUUCACGUCUGUUUCAGUCAGAGCCAAAGGGGGAGAAAACGACAGGCCGUGGGCCAGGGCUAACAGCCCCAAACUCAUUUGUGUUAGUUCAAGUCAAAGUUUUUCCAAACGGGCAACCAGCAAAGGGGUGUUGGCACCUCUCCCCCUCCUCCAACACCUUUAACUCCUGGUGGUCUGCUCCUUCCUCCUGGAGACCUCAGACCCUUUGAAAUGUGAAUAAGGAAUUUAUUUUUGUACUUUUUACUUGCAUUUCCUGAGUCUAUGUUGCAGGCACUUGGGUACUUUUGUAAACCAAACAAGAAGAAAUAAUGUUGAUGUACAUACAUAUGCAAAACGAUAUAUUUAUGUCUAAAGAGAUAAGAGAUUGUUUGAAUAUGGGGACAUGCUCAAACCUAUUUAUUUUGCUAAUAUAUUUAUCCACAUGUAAAGCUGUUCAUGUGGCUGUUAUAUUUUUUCCCCUCCUGUAUAAAGUCAUUGGGUGCCCAUGUUCAAGAAGAUGCCUCUUCCUCAUUCCUCAGAAAUAAAUUAUUUUUAAUCUCUGUA